ACUCCUGGGACAGAGGGAGCAGAGGAUGGGGGGCUGGGUUCCUGGGUCCCUAACCUGGGGAGGGUUCUGGGGACCAGACGUCGGGGUUCUUGGAAGUGGAGAUGAAGAGUUUUCACCGAAACUGGUGCAGACGCAGGAAGCCUGGGGGAGGAAGGGGGGGAAACCCGGCCACAUCAAAGUCACACAGGAGAGACCCGGCCGCAGGAGGCAUGAGGGUCCCCCGGCCGAGAUGACAGUGCUGGUGCCAGCCUGGAGUCCAACAACUCGUCUCCUGCUGCUGCUGCUGCUGAGCUCGGAGCUCAGUGGGACCCAGGACUGCUCCUUCCAGCUCAGCCCCAUCUCCUCCGACUUCGCUGUCAAAAUCCGUGAGCUGUCUGACUACUUGCUUCAAGAUUAUCCGGUCACCGUGGCCUCCAAUCUGCAGGACGAGGAGCUCUGCGGCGCCCUCUGGCGGCUGGUCCUGGCACAGCGCUGGAUGGAGCGGCUCAAGGCUGUGGCUGGGUCCAAGAUGCGAGGCUUGCUGGAGCGCGUGAACACGGAGAUACACUUUGUCACCAAAUGUGCCUUUCAGCCCCCCCGCAGCUGUCUUCGCUUCGUCCAGACCAACAUCUCGCGCUUCCUGCAGGAGACCUCCGAGCAGCUGGUUGCUCUGAAGCCCUGGAUCACUCGCCGGAAUUUCUCCCGGUGCCUGGAGCUACAGUGUCAGCCUGACUCCUCGACCCUGCCACCCCCACAGAGUUCUGGGGCCCUGGAGGCCACAGCGCCAACAGCCCCGCCGUCCCCUCUGCUCUUCCUGCUGCUGCUACCCACGGGCCUCCUGCUGCUGGCCGCUGCCUGGUGCCCGCACUGGCAGAGGACACGGCAGAGGAUACCCCGUGCUAGGGAGCAGGUGCCUCCCGUCCCCAGUCCCCAGGACCUGCUGCUUGUGGAGCACUGACCCAGCCGGGGCCUCAUCCUGGGGAGGACACUGAGGUACACAGAGGGGAGACACCAGCCAGAGAAUGCACAGCUCGGACACAGAAGAAGUUGGCUAGAGGACGGUCCCUUCCUUGGGCCCAAUGCCCCUCUUGCUUCCUCCUCAGGAUGGAGGCAACACCAGAACCCAGCACCGGCCCCAUUUACCCAACUCUGUACAAAGCCAUUGUCCCCCUGAAAUGUAUAUAAAUCAUUCUUUUCUACCA